GGCCAUCAUCCUUAACAUCACGAAACCAACAAUUCUGCUUUCUAGAUCUGUACCUAGCAUUGCGAGCAAGCCAAAUAAUACAGAUUCGGAUUUGCGCGACACAGCUGGAGUAAUCAUAGUCGAUUUAAACGUAAAACUUCACCCACCACCCCCACGUCAUUUGACCAACACCAGUCGUCCAACCACGUCUCUACCGAGAAGCUCUUGUCAUGGACAAGGCCGACAAUUCUGCCGCUCCUGUGGGUGCGUCAAGCCCAAUCCCAAUUCCGAUCGAUCAGCAACAGCGCUCGAACUCGCAUCAGGGUAGCAUUGGCAAUGGUUCUGGCUCACACAGAACCCCGAGUCACAUCCCCACGCAUCGCCAGAGCUUUGCUGAAAACCUGAGAAACCCGCCUCCUUCGCCCCGGGCACAGAGACACCUGUCUCUCUCACAAUCUGCCAUACAGGAACUCCUCCUCAAGAACCCCUCCUCCAAACAGCCCAAUCCCCUAUUUGCGAAUCGGGACUGGCGCGAUGUAGCCGUCGGAGAGCUUGUUACGCAGGAUGACGUCAAGUGGGCGGAUCUCGACACGAGCGUCGAGGAGGCUACGAUGUUACUUCUGAGGAGCUCCCCAGCAAAUGUUGUCCUCGUCCGGGAGAAGAGUACAGACAAGACGCCUGUGUCUACCUUUGACUACAAUGACCUCAAUGCGUACAUCCUCGUCGUUGUUGGUCUGGCUCAUCCCGAGGAUGAUGAACAAGUCGCCUUAUACGAUGAAAUAGCCAGAAAGGCUCGAGAUAGGGUGGCAAUUCCGCUACGCGAUAUUCAGCCUAUCUGUCGCAAAGAAGUUCUCGUCACGUUCCCUGCCGAUGAACCCUUAGCCAGGGGCGUCGAGGUGCUGGGAAGCGGUAUCCAUCGAGUCGUCGUCACCACCGGUGAUGGAGGUGUAAUUGGUGUUCUGAGUCAACUUAAGGUUUUGGGAUUUUUCUGGGAGGAAGGUGUUUCGUUCCCUGAAAUCGACAGGUUAUAUCCAGUACCACUACGCGAUCUGAAGCUGGGAACUCACCAAAUCAUUGCCAUCAAUGCCGACAGGCCUCUUGCUGAGGCCCUGACGCUGAUGAACAACGAAGGCCUCACAUCCGUUGCUGUCGUUGACAAUGGCAUGAACGUAGUGGGCAACAUUAGUACUGCCGAUGUACGACUUCUGACUUCGGCCGCUAGCAUGCCCUUGCUAGAGUCAACCUGCAUGCACUUCAUCAGCGUCAUUCUCACCGAGAGGGGUGUGGAAAGGGGCCAAGACUCGUUCCCCGUCUUCUAUGUCAACCCGUACUCUACUCUCGCCCAUACCGUCGCAAAGCUCACGGCUACUCAAAGUCAUCGAAUGUGGGUUGUCGAGAGUCCGUCGCCAUCUCCAAGCGUGCCUGGCACGCCCCUAUUACAACCAGUGUCGUCUGCCUCAUCAGGUCAAGUUGCAGGGGCCACAUCGACCACGCAAACAGCCACAUCUACCGCCUCAGGAACGCCCGCGCUGUCCACGGCGACUUCGACCGGCUCUACUAUAGUGAUACCCUCGGCCGUCCCGACUAGCACACUUCCGCCGCCGGUAAGCUCGUCGGUGCCGGCCGCGGCGCUACCUGGCGCUCACCUGUCUGGGCGACUUACUGGCGUCAUCUCCUUGACCGACAUUCUGAACAUGUUUGCGAAAUCAUCGGGACUGCAUCCCUCGGACCCGGGCGAGCAGCGUGCCCGUCGAAGACGCAGCUCGAGCGCGAGCAUGCGCCCGAGUAUGGAAGCGUCUAGACCUAGCGCUGAGUUUAUUAGGAGGUUAGGCUGAGAGACAUGGGGUGUUCAUGCUUACAGGCCGCUCAAUAGGAAAUAUCUGUGCAAAACGAGGCAUGAUGCUAGAUAGAAUAAUAGGGCUUGGCCGUUUUUACGAAUAGUACCGGAUCCCUUCUCAGGCCUUCGACCUUGUUUUUUUCAACAGUCUGAGAUUUUGUCACGGCUUCAGAACAGAAUCGUUUUCUCCAAAACGCAUCACAAUUUGAUAUAUUCUAACCAAUACUUGAAGAUCAAAUAGUUUGUAUUAUAUCCCGGACCCGAAGCCAGGAAUUGGUGACAUGCACCGAUGAGGAGAAAUAAGUGAGAAAAUCGGUUCUGCAAAAUUUGGCAGUAUAGGCCGUCAAAACACCGAAAAGAACCAAGACAUGAGAUGAACCAAAUGCAACCAAGACAACCAAGACCUCCAAAUGCCCCAUCCGAUCCUGCGAGUGCAAAUAUACAAAAACAACAAAUUUGGUCAUACAACAUAUAUAGUACAUCAAGUGACUCAAGAUCACUUUUAACCAAGUAUGGGCAAGAUUUAAGUCUCGGAGAUGCUCCAACUGUGCAACGACAGGGUGGCGGGCAUACCUCAAUAAAAGUGAGACGCAAUAAUGUUGCCAGCCUUUUUUCUUUCUCUCUCUCUCUCUCUUUCCUCCGUCUCUCCAGGGGACUCGGCCCCAGUAGUGACUCAAGGAAUUUCGCGCAAG